AUGGCGGACAAAAGUGACCUAAAAGCCCAGCUAGAGCGUAAAAAGCAGCGCCUAGCUCAGAUCAGGGAGGAGAAGAAGAGGAAGGAGGAGGAGAGGAAGGAGGAGGAGAGGAAGGAGGAAAGGAGGAAAAAAGUGAUGGACUCGGACCGUGACUUGGACCGGAAGCGCAGAGAGACAGAGGCUCUCCUACAGAGCAUCGGCAUCUCCCCAGAACCACCACUAGUUCCGAUCCCCAUGUCCCCAUCCAAAUCAGUGAGCCGACACAGCACCCCCAGUGAGACGAGAAGCCAGGACUCAGCCGAUGGGGCCGCAGCCGGCAGGACCCUGCAGUGGGACACUGACCCCUCUGUUCUGCAGCUGCAGGCUGACUCUGAGCUAGGGCGCAGGAUGCAUAGCCUGGGGGCGUCUAAGAUCACAGAGGUAGACUUCCUACCCAGAGAGGUGGUGUCGUACUGCAAAGAGACUCAGACGGCCAUCACCCAUCUGUCUGAGGAGGAGGAAGAGGAGGAUGAAGAGAUCACAGAGCUGAAGCCUGGUCCAGAAUCUGACCAGCAUGAAGAGGAGGACAGCAAGGAGACGAAAGAGUGCUACCCCUGCAGGGAGCUGACAGAGGAAGAGAAGCAGCAGAUCCUCAAAUCAGAGGAGUUCCUCAGUUUCUUUGACUGUAGCAUCAGGGUGAUGGAGAGAGCCCUGGCCCAGGACUCAGACAUCUUCUUCGACUACAGCGGACAAGACCUGGAUGACAAGGAGGGGUAAGAAUGUGCGUGUGAAUUACAAGGCGGGUCCAGUCUGUCCCUCAGUAGGUUGUUCUAUGACAAUCACUGGUCCAAACAUCGAGUCAUCACCUGUCUGGACUGGUCCCCUCAGUACCCAGAGCUGUUGGUGGCGUCCUACAACAACAACAACGAGGAUGCUCCUCACGAGCCUGACGGUGUAGCUCUGGUCUGGAACAUGAAGUUUAACAAAACACCUGAGUAUGUCUUCCACUGCCAGUCUUCAGUGGUGUCGGUGGGCUUUUUCCGGUUCCAUCCUAACCUGGUGGUGGGGGGAACCUACUCUGGCCAGAUAGUUCUGUGGAAAAACCAUAGCCACCGCAGGACCCCUGCACAGAGAACCCUCCUCUCAGCUGCAGCUCACACGCACCCGGUAUACUGUGUAAACGUGGUGGGAACCCAGAAUGCCAACAACCUGAUCACCGUGUCCACAGACGGCAGGAUGUGCUCCUGGAGUCUUGACAUGCUCUCUCAGCCACAGGAGAGCAUGGAGCUGGUGUACAACAAGUCUAAAGCUGUGGCUGUGACAGGCAUGGCGUUCCCCACUGGAGACGUCAAUAAUUAUGUGGUGGGGAGUGAGGAGGGAACCGUGUACACCGCAUCUAGACAUGGCAGCAAGGGGAUCUGUGAAAUGUUCGAGGGACACCAUGGGCCUGUGACGGGCCUCAGCUGUCACAACGCCGUUGGCCCUGUAGACUUCUCCCACCUCUUCGUCACCUCGUCGUUCGACUGGACUGUCAAACUGUGGAGCACUGAGCACAAUAAACCCCUCUACUCCUUUGAGGACAACGCUGACUACAUCUAUGAUGUCAUGUGGUCCCCUGUGCACCCGGCUCUGUUUGCCGCUGUGGACGGGAUUGGCCGGCUAGAUCUGUGUAACCUCAAUAAUGACACAGAGGUGACUACUGCCAGUGUGACUAUCGAGGGAGCCUGCGCCCUGAACAGGGUACCGGGGGGCAAGGAGGUAGCCGUGGGUGACUCGGAGGGCCGUCUGUGGAUCUACGACGCAGGAGAGCUGGCAGUGCCCCACAGUGAGGACUGGGCACACUUCACCCACACCCUGAUGGAGCUCAAAGCCAACCGAGCCGAUGGGGAGGAGGAAGGGCCUGUGGAACUGACGCCAUAG